AUGGAUGUCGAUCCGGAUAUUGCGAUUUGGGUGCUGGAAUUUCUUCUGAGACAGCCGCUCGAGGACCGGAUGGUGAAUUCCCUGCUUCGGGCUCUUCCUCUCCCGACGGAAAAUUCCAAAUUGCAAAAAUUGAUUUUGUUGAAGAAACUCGAAUCCGAAAUGUCGCGCAAUUCAAUUUCUGAAAGCACUCUCGAAUUGUUGGAGCAAUUGGAGGAAAUCGAAUUCCGUCAAGGGAGUGAAAUGGUCUCUGAUGCCAUGAAGCAUGCGUAUUGCUCGGUGGCAGUGGAGUGCACGGUGAAGCUUUUGUUAAAAGGGUUUGGAGGGGUAGAAUUGGGAGAAUGGAGAUGGAAGGACGAGAUUGAGGCUGCCGUCUGGGAGGAUAAUGCUUGUCAGAGUAUCUUGAAGAAGAGCGAGGGAGUUAAUGCUAUCGAGGCAGUUAAUGCUUAUCUGAGGGAAGAGAAGGAGAAAAUGGGUCCUUCUUUUCUCGAAUUGGUUGCUGAACAAGUGAAGAAUGAUGAUGUUUUGCAGGGGAUGCUAGGAGUGGGAAGUGUUGAUCAGAUUGCUGGAAAUGAAGCACAUUUGUGUAGUGUUGGCCGAGAUACAGAUGUUGGUAAUGUGAACAAUUAUAUGCAAAAGGGAAAAAUUAAGCUUAGAGACAAGCUUGUUGGUCUGAGAGGUUCAAGAGGACUGGCAUCUCGAAAAGCAAGAAGAGCCAAAAUUGUUGAGUCUGAUGAAAUGAAAAUAGGAGCAUCAAAUAAGAAUUAUAAUUUGCCACACAGCCCAGAAGUUAAUGGAGUUCGGAAAGCGCUUCAGUCGAGUUCAUUGGAGCUUCAAGCAGUUGUCAAGGAUCCCCUUCCUGAUGCAUUACGACUUGCAGAAGCUAUCUCUGGUGUGGCAAGAGAAGAUAAGGGUCAUGAUCCUACAGAAGUGAAUCAUGUUGCAGGCAACCAAUUUGUUGUGGAUGGUGCUGGAGUUAUUCAUUCUACUGUUCCUAAUGUGAGUGAUACACGUAAGCGAAGUUUGAUGGAACGAAACAGCUCUGCUCACACCUAUGAGUGGGAUGGAUCACAAGAAGACCGAACAGAUUGCAGGGGUAGGCUUCAGUUGCCCAGCCCAAGGGUGAUAAACGUGUCUCCUCUAGACAGAUAUGAAGCUGCAAAUAUAAAGAAGAGGAGGAAAGCUAGGAAAUGGAGUACUCUGGAAGAAGACACUUUGAGAGCUGGAGUACAAAAGUAUGGAAAAGGAAAUUGGAAGGUCAUCCUAACUACCCAACGUGAUAUAUUUGAAGGUAGAACUGAAGUUGAUUUGAAGGACAAAUGGAGAAACCUGACACGCUGCUAAGAACUCUGUAAAAUUUCUGAUGUAAAGGUACAGCAAAUAGCAUGCGCUUUUUGACGUAGAACAAGUGUCCAUGCAGUUAAUGAAGGAAUAGGAUUGUAAAUUAUCACUAUAUUGCUGAGGCUAUGCUGGGUAGGUAUUAGUAUUCUUCUUGUUGUACUUAGGUUUAAGUUUGCUUUGGGUAGUUUUCAGAAAUACUUGUUUUUCGUGAAGGAAAGACAAUAAAUUUUGAUGUUAAAUAUCGCUCUCCAGCUAAUGUAUUUUAUGUAAGAUUGUUUGUAGUCCACUUGCUUCCUCUGCUGGUUUGCCAUUUGCCCUUAUAACAAACCAGCUCUUA